CUCAGCAGUAUUCUGCAGUGCUAAACGCCGCGCUCCACUCCACAGCCCACGGAGGUGACUUGAAGAGUGGAACAACAAACACAAUCAGCCGUGGUCACACUGCUUCAAAGGCAGCCCGUGCGGCCUUUACUCCAUAGGCUGGCGCAGGAAGAGCCCCUGGAGUCGUCUUCCGAGGUCCUCAGAUUGGGAGCUGAUCUUACAAGUGCUUGAACCAAGGAGACCGCUGCUUUGAGAUCUGCUUUGAGACUACCUUCAGAGUCCCCAAACCGCCCAGUCCGACCCCAAAGCGUCGCUAAUUUGCCAACGUGUAAAGAAAAAGCUUCGUUUCCGCGCGCACAGUGCCGCGCAUGCGCACGGCACCUACUCCAGGAGCGGAGUAAUUCAGCGCACAAGUCAAGUCCUGGAUCUUCUCCCGCGAAGAUUUUGAACAAACUUCUGGAAGUGAGACGAAUACGCAUGCGCAUAUGUGGUGGUUGGUCCCCGGGAAAGGAAAGAAAAAAAAAGAACCGGAAGUUGUGCUGAACCUUCACCUCCACUGGGCACUGAAGGAAACGCAAGCUCCGGGAGAGAAGUUCCUACACCGCCUGGGCUGGAGGAGACAGAAUGGAGACCGCGAUCGAAGAUGCGGGACUGGACCGCGGACCGACGCUAACCUCGUCCUGGGAUGCGGCGUGCGGGGCGCUGACCCAAAGUCUAUUUCUUACCCGGACUGGGCCACGUGCCCAAGACUUGGACUUCGAGCAGCUGCUGGCGCCGCCAGCUCAGGGCCCGGAUCUGGUGAGUCUGAAAAGCAGCUUGAGUCCCCGAGAUGAAAACCCCUGCUUCAUUUACCUGAAGUGUGGGCCUAAUGGGGGUGAAGAAAUCCUUUCAGUUGGCAUUCUGAGUUCAGCAAGAAACAUGGAAGUAUACUUAGGAGAGGAGUAUUGUGGAACCAGUCGAGGCAAGAAUGUCUGCACUGUCCUGGAUAACAGUGAACAUGAAAAGAUCUUAUUGUACAAAAAAUACCUAAAAUUGGAGUCUCCCACACAUGCCUGUAAAAUAAAGUUGUUGUCCUUCGGUGAAGAGCAGUGUGUGCUCAUCAGUAAAGUUGUGGUGCACUUGAGACCAAGGUCUGCAAAGCCUUCACCAAGCUCUCCUGCUCUGGGAUCACGGAUAGACCUCGACAAUAUCCAAACCAUAAUGGAGUCCAUGGGGUCCAAGUUGUCCCCUGGAGCUCAGCAGCUGAUGGAUAUGAUUAGGUUCCAGCAGCAGAAUUGUCUUCCCAUCAGGGAUCAGCUUCAGUCGGUGCUGGGAACUGCAGGACACAAGCAUCUGAUGGCGCUGCAGUCUUCACCGUCUUCAGGAGUCGUAGACAAGGCGUCCUCUACACCUUUUCCUUUUAGAACUGGAUUGACACCUUCAGCCAUCACUGAAAAUUUAAAGGCUCUUAUUGAUAAAAGCACACAACCGUCCGGAGAAGGAAAUACCACAAACCACAAUGAGUGUCACCUUAUGCCACAAAACCAUUCCCUUGAAAGUGAUCUUAAAAACGCAGUGUCUUCUUUCUUACCAAAGAAGGCAAGUGGCAGCUCAAGUGUGCCCAACUCUGAGUUGCUGCCUUUUCUCCAGAAUUUAUGUAGUCAGGUCAACCACCUCCGUGUGGGACAUAAUGCCAGGUGGCAAGAAAACGUCUCCAAGCCCCGAGAGGGCACUGUCGGUGUUCCGACAUGGCACAGUGGUAGCGUCAGUUGUGGUACUAGCGGGGAGUGGGACCCACAGGUGGAUGGCCAGAAGCACAGAGGAGGCUUGGCAGCUCAGCUGAGGAAGACUUGUAAGGUGGUGCUGAGCCAGUGUGUUCUCCACAGGUUGGAAGAACAGCCUGUUUGCUCCUAUUUGGAAAAGAUUCUUUCUAAAAACAUGGAAGUCAUGGAAAAGAAGCUUAUGAAGCACAUUGAUGAGAGGAUCUAUCAGCUCCAGGAACACAUAGACGCUAAAAUGGCUUUGUUAGUGGACCUGCUGCGAAGCCCCAACUCUCCGUCCCCAGGCAUGCCUCUAAGACACUAUGACUCCAGAGAGAGACUUUCCAAUGGAGAGAGAUAAGCUGUGCAAUACACUUAUUACAGAUAUUUAUUACAUAUUUAUUACAAAGCCAGAAUCCAAAAAGGUUAUGAAAGUCGUCUUCAGUGUCCUUUGAAGGCCGCCGUCUUCCGUGAAGUGACCUCAGUGCUCGUUUGCAUUGCGCUUGUUCCUGUAGAUUGAGGUCUGUGCCAGCACCUGUCCUGACCUGGUCUCUAGUUACUCUGCUUGCAAGACUUCUCACUCUUACAAAAAUGUGUGCUUGUUGCUCAACUGUUUCAGAUGUUUAAGGACUUCUAACAGUUUGUUAGUUUGUAUUGUAUACUACGUGUGUUUGAAGUGAAUUUUUUAUUUAUUCAGAUACCUGUAAAAUAUAGUCUCAGGAGUAUGAAAAGUAAUGCUAAGAUAUUCAAUUUUUUUCUAAUUAUUUUUGGGAAGUUGUAUACUUAGACUCUUUCUUUCAGAUUACCAGUUUACGUUUCCUGUUGCUCGUCUGAGAUGGAAGUGUGCCGCGCUCAGGCUGUCGAGACAGUUUACGCCCAGCUACACACGGCGGGGUUAGUGCUGCUCGUUCCUUGCCCUGCAGCUGGAGAGCUCAUCUCAGUCUAGCAUGUCAGGCUUGCUGCUGUAGGUAAAAUGGAAGGAGAUUCUCUUUAGGAACUGACAGGUUCUUCUUGCAGAGGCCUUUCUGGCAUUUAUGUGUGACAUUCUGAGAAUCUAAAAUGAGCGUUAAGAUAUAUGAAUCCAGGGGACUGCAGUCCCCAGCAGACUGUUUUCAGAACUUCACUGUUCUAUCCGUGUUGGUGAUACAGCUGUGCCUAAAGGGAUUGCUCUGAAGACCACCUGUAAGUGAAUAGAACCCUUCAGCUAAGUUGAUUAAGUUGUUUCUUUUUUUAAAAAGGGGGGUAAUUUAUACUUGUCCAUUGUUUUGACAAACUAUUGAUUUUGAUCACAUAUUCAAGGUGACACAGCAUAUAGGACACACUACACUUUGGCUAUCUUUGGUGGGCCAAGGUUAGGAUAGUUAAACCACAUGCAGAUGUAAGAUGUCAUUUCCUGCAGUGAGGAGAGAUCCACUCACGCACGGCUCCAGUCCAUGGUGGUGCAGCUUGUGGUAGUUGUGGUUCCUUCCUAACUUACAGAAUGCCAUCCUUGACUCAGUACUGCCCUCUGGCUUCAUAAAUCAUCAAAUGGGGCUCCCUAGAUCUGCAGGAUGGGACCAUACCCCUAAGUGAAGACCUCGAAACUGUAUUUAUUUCUGUCUGACACACCUUUCCAGCCUCACCUCCACAGCCAAUCUCUGUGUUCUCAUCUCUGAUCCUUGUGACGUGGGGACUGAGCAGGGAGCAGAAUGGGGCCAAUGGGAAGAAUGUACAGAAAGGCAAGAAGUGUAAAAAAUGGAAACACAGUUGAUAAACCAUACAGCGUCUCUCAUAGAGUAACAUGGCCCCUCUGGGAAAUCCUGUGUCAGGGUGGGAGUAGCCUGAAGGACAGCCUCCUGCCAGGAAAGAUGGCUCACAGUCUGAUAAGCUUUCGCAGUUAAGUCUAUGCACAUACCUAUGCUUGUCCCCCAGCUUGUUUUAUCUUUUGUGUAGAUUGUAUCACUGCUAUAGGAAAAGGGGGAGAACGGAACACCUCCCCACCCCCACACUCCCCAAUUCUGACAAAGAUGAUAAACCCAUUUCCAUUGUCUGCAUCUUGAUUUUUUUUAAAGUGGCUGGAGGCAGAGUCUCCAGACUCGGACAGCAGCUUGAUAUGGGGCGUCAGAUGGGCUUUGUGUGGAUAUGGGGUCCGUGAACGUCAGAUGGGGCUUUGUGUUGAAAACCUUUUAAUUGUGGACACCAGGCUUGACCUUGUGCUGUGCGCCCUGAUGUAACGAAGAAAGGAAAUAUUCCUUGUCAAGUGGCCCUAGUCAAAAAUAAUUCAAAAUAGGACCACCAAGAAGAGCCUGGGCAUAAGGGCUGGAGCAGUGUCCACUCCCUGUUGCAUCUACUUCUGUCUGUAAGAAAACCUCCCUUUCUUUCUCAUCUGACUUCUUCCUCUGGUGCUGCAAAGAAUGUUUACACUGGUUAGAGCUCUCAGGGCUUCUCAGACCUCCCUGGACUUGGCCACCAGCAGCUCCUCACUGCCUCUGUUCUCCCCAUCUAUCUCUGAUGACCUGGAAGACGUUUAAAUGUCUUCACAGGAAGGAUGCUUCUCUUGCUCCCAGCUACUCUCUGCUCACAGUAAGGAUCUUUCCCCUCCUCCAUGUCUUGGUUAUGCCUCUUUGAAGCCUGAAUCUUACUUAGCUUGGUGUUUUCCAGCCAUAACUUUCUUUCCUGAACCAAUCCUCUGGACAUGAAUCUCUUGUAGAGCAAGAGUAUUGUAGAACAAGAGGUGCUCAAGGAAAUGCACUAUGAGAUGAAUUGGAUGUUUGCAUUUCAGGGUGUGUGUGUGUGUGUAUGAGUGUGUGUAUAUGUGAGUGUGUGUGAGUGUGUAAAUGUGUGUGUGAGUAUGUGAAUGUGUAUGAGUGUGUGUGUAUGUGUGAGUGUAUGUGAGUGUGUGUAUGUGUGUGAUUGUGUAUGUGAGUGUAUGUGAGUGUGUGUGAGUGUGUAUGUGUGUGUGAAUGUGAGUGUGUGUGAGUGUGUGAAUGUGAGUGUGUAUGUAUGUAUGUGCGUGUGUGUAUGUGUGUGUGAGUAUGUGCGUGUGUAUGUGUGUGAGUAUGUGCGUGUGUAUGUGUGUAUGUGCGUGUGUGUGUGUGUGUAUGUGAGUGUGUGAGUGUGUGUGUGUGUGUGUGUGUGUGUGUGUAAGCCAGAGGUCAACCCUGGGUGUCUUCCUCAGGCACUUGUGUUUUACUUCACUAAAAGUACUGUAGCUUGUGGGUGUUUCUCAGUCUCACCCCUGCUAUACUUGGCCUGAGAUGUAGAACACAUGGCCUGCUCCUACCAUGUCUGGAGCUACCUCAGUGGUAUGCAUGAUUGCAGAUAAAAUAACAAGAGAAGAUUAUGCAGAGUGAGUGGAACCUUUAAAGUGUGGUUGUGGUGUCUUCCCACCUGAAAAUCAAGAAUAUUUACUAACAUUUGUUCUGAAGGUUGCUUACAUACAGGCAGUCUUUCUUUUAUAUAGAAAUAUUUCCAAAAAAGAAUGCUAAAAAGCUGGGUGUGAUGGUUCAGCAGCUAAGAACACUGGCUACUCUUCCAGAGGUUUUGAAUUCAAUUCCCAGCAGCCACAUGGUGGCUCAUGGCCACCUAUAAAGGGAUCUGAUGCUCUCUUCAGGCAUAUAGGUAUACAUGCAGACGGAGCACUUUUACAUUUAAAAAGACACAUAAAUAAGUUUAGCUGUAAGUGGUAGCACACUUUUAAUCUCCUUUUAGGCAGAGGCAGGUGGAUCUCUGAAUUUGAAGACAGCCUGGUCUACAGAGUCAGUUCCAGGACAGCCAGGUAGAGAAACUCUACCUGGAAAAACAAAACAAACAAGUUGGACAUGGCGGUGCCCACUUUUAAUCCUGCAAGGCUAUCUGUUGAGUUGGAGGCUAGCUUGAUCUACAUAGCAAAUUCUAGGCCAAUCAGUCCUGAAUACCCAGUGAGACCCUUUAUCAAUGCUCCACCAUCAAAAAAAAAAAAAAAAAAAAAAGGUUAAGAUAGCAUACAUGACCUUAUGUCUUUAAUAUUCUCUUGGGCAUUUUCAGGGAACUCCACUACUUUUGUUCACAGUGAAGCUAUCCCAUCUAGUGUGCUACAGUUGUAAUCCUGUCCAGCAUACCCCAGAAGUAUUUGGUGACUGCAUUUACAUUUAACAACCCUUUCAAGAUAAUAGCCUUGGAAGUCAACAAAAUUCUAUAUAUGGCUUUCAGAAAGACAUGAGGGAUGCUUUUCCUGUAAGAAUCCCACAGUCACAUUUUGGCUGAGAUCUGAGCUCCUCUCUAUUAGCCCUUAUUCUUACACUGUCUCUGAUAAACUACAACUCUGCUUUAUACUGGCUUAACCUGAAAUUCUUUUCAUCUGCAAAGCCAGAAUUCGCCUUUAUCUGAACGGCUUUACCCAAGCGGGGAGGUGCUGCUGCAGGCGCCAGAGCUGUGUCUCUUCCAGCACUUGCACCACUGCAUGGAGGUUGUUCUCAAGGGUUUAUUUUAUAUAUUGUUAUAUGUAGUCACGGCUGGCCUUGAACUUCUGAUCCUAUGGUCUCCGCUGCCUCCUGAGUGCUAGGAUUACAGACUUGUACCGUAAUACCUGGCCAAGGCUUGCUUGCUUCUUUUGUUGACCUUGAGGACAGUAACUAUGACUUCUCUGCGCUGAGAGCAGAAGGCCUAGAACCUAUGAGGUAUCCUAAGGAAUGAUCUCCAGUCACAAAACAAAAUCAUAGCAAAUUUCGUUUCAAGAUGGAAUUGAUGUUUUUAUUAGCAGUCUGGGAGCGAGAGUCACUGAUGAGCAGAACUUUUCCAUCACAAGGUCAAUAAAAGCACAAUUAAGGAAUAAAAACUAGAUAGGCUAUCUCAAAGCGAGUUCAUAUGGAACUAAAACAGAACUCGCUGCUCUUUGUAGCUCAGGUGAAUAGUAGCUGUGGGGACUGGAUGCUGUGCACGCCCAGUGUUUUGGAAAACUGGUUGGUUUCUAAGUCCAGGCUUAUCGUGUAGCACAUAGUCUGUCACCAUGGUGGCUGUUCUUGGUUGUCAACUUUGACUUCAUCUGGAAUUAGCUAAAAACCAAGUAGGUGGGUACACCUGUGAGGGUUUUUUUCUUAAUUAAAUCCUUGGAAGAGGAAAAAACCUACUUUUAAUUUGAAUCGUUUGGGGUGGGAAGGUACACAUUUAAUCCAAAUCUUUUGAGGCGAGAGGAUCCACCUUUAAUCUGGGGCACACUUUCUAGUGGCAGCCUGUAUGAAGGACAUGGAAGAAGGAAGCUUGCUCUCUUGCCUGCUUGUUCUCACUCUCAGUGAAUGGCAAGUCCAUUCUGUCACUAUCAUUACAGUCUACUACUUUGGGAUUCUGGUACAUACUGAAGACCAGCUGAAUCAUCUAGCCUUGCAAACUGAACUACUACUGGAUUCCUGAACCUUCCACUGAUAGACAGCCAUUGUGGACUAGCUGGACUUCAGCCUGUAAGCUGUUCUAAUAAGUUAUAUAUGUCAUUUUAUAUAUAAUAUAUUUAUAUAUUUAUUUAUAUUUUGUUUUAUAUAAUUUUUAUUUUAUUAUAUAUAUGUAUGUAUAAAUUUAUUUUAUAUGAUGGUCAGAGACUUAGAAAGAACAUGACUGGAAAUUUUGUAAGACAUCUGGGGAAGAAGUAUAUGGAUAUAUCUAUCCAAAUGGACGAAGGAUACAAUGAUACUGUGUCCUGUUUAAAUGUUCAUCACAGGGUGACUUCAGCAGAGGAGGAGUUCAGUAAUCAAAUAAGAUGACCUGCUCUGUGACAGUCAACCUCUUUUGACCCACCUAUCUCUGUUAUUGCCCAGUGGGCACGUGGACAGAGUGACCAUGAUGGCAGAGAUGGAGGUUAUGUAUGGGCUCGACAAUGUGGAUUUCCACUCACCAAGGCUAACCUUGGAAACGGCUGCUGCUGCUGCUGGGUGCCGGAUCUGCCAAGAGCAGAGACUAACACUGAGUCCUAGAUGUGGCACUAUUCCCUGGGAUAGCUAAGCAGGUGUCUGGCAGGUUGACUACACUGGACCACUUCCUUCUUACUGUUAUUUGUUCUGUUUAUGAAGUUGCCUUUCCUGCACGUAAUGCUUCUGCCCAAACUACCAUUCCAUGGACUUACAGGAUACCUUACCCACCGUAUUUGCACAAUAUUGCUUCUGACCAAGGGACUCACUUCACAGCCAGAGAAGUGUGACAGUGGGCCCAUAAUCAAGGAGUCCACUGGUCUUACCAUGUUCCCCACUAUCCUGAAGCAGCUGCCCUGAUAGAUAGAAUGGCUUUUUGAAGACACAGUUACAGCACUAAUUAGGUGGCAGCAGCAUGGGGGACUAGGGCAGGGUUCUCUAGAAAGCAGUAUAUGCUUUGAAUCAGCAUUCAAUGUAAGGAACAGUUUCUCCCACAGCCAGGUUCAGGAAUUAAGGGGCGAGAAAGGCAAUAGUUCCAUUCACUGUCACUCCUAGUAACCCACUAGGAAAAAUUUUGCCUCCUUUUCCUGUGACUACCUUUAGUUUUGCUGGCUGGAAGUUUUGGUCUCAGAUCAGGUAGCACUCCUGCCAGGAGCCACAAUAAACAUUCCAUUGAACUGGAACCUCAGACUUCUCCUUGGGCCUCUGAUGCCCUUAAGACAACAGGCUAAGAAAGGAAUAACUUUUUUAGGAGGGGUGAUUGAUUCAAAUUGCUUCUUCACAAUUGAGAUAAAGAAGAUUAUGUUUGGAGCACAAGAGGUCCUUGAGGGUUUCUCUUGGUUACUACCAUGCCCUGUGGUUAAAGUUAGUGGGAAACCACAACAGCCUAAUACAGGUAGGAUGACAAAGGACACAGACCCUUCAGGAAUGAAGGUUGGGUCAUUCUGAGAAAAAGCGCCAAGACCUGAUAAGGUAUUUGCUUGAAGGUGGAGGGAAGGCAGACGGAGCAGUAGAGGAAGAUACUUAGAAAAACUAGCCACGGCUGCAUGAUCAGUUGCACAAGUGACUUAUAAUUGGCAUGAGUUUCUGUCAUACAUUGUUAUGCGUGUUUGUACAAAUAUUUGUUUUCUUUCUUCAAUGCGUUUAUCAUGUAACAUCAAUUAAGGGGACAUCAGUGCUUGUAAUUCUAAGUCCCAGUACCUCAGUGGACCGUGCCACCUAGUCUCAAGCUUACGUGUUCGCAGUUGCAUGAGGGACAGUUCUACCAUGCCAAGCGUAAUCACCAACGGGCUAAAUAGGUAAGGCAUUUGUGAUUGUACCCGGGGUGGUUAUGUCAGGUAAGGGACAGUUAUGGCCUGCUUAUUGUUUUCAUUUGGGAUUUAAGGAGAUGUAAUUGUGUGUUAAGUUGAGAAGGAGGGAACUCGUGAUGAAUGUUCUCGGUUGUCGUCUUGACUUCACUUGAAAUUGACAAACUUAAGCAGCUGGCUACAGCUUCUGGGAAUUUUUUCUUAAGUUGUUUAAAGUGGGAAGACCCACUUUUAAUCCGAGCCGCUCUGUCUGGGAGCAGCAGACAUAAAGGAUGUUUGCUCGUUGCCUGCUUGCUCUCACUCUCACUGCCAAGUCUAUUCCUUCACUGGCAUUAGAGCCCGCUUCUUUGGGAUUCUGGUAUAUUCUGACAUCCAGCCUCAUGGACUGAGCAAUUACUGGAUUCUUGGACCUUCCAUUGGUAGACAGCCAUUGUUAGACUAGUUGGACCAUAUUCAUUCUAUUCCUCUAGAGACCUCUUACUAAUACACUCACUCCAUUCUUGUUUAGUCUGGUUUGUUAGGACCUGUGCAGCCCCGAGCAAUGGAUCUUCCUAUAAUUCUUAACACCCUGUGAUGAUUAAUACUGGUUGUCAACAGGAUCUAGAAUCAUCUAGGAGUCAAACCUUUGGAUGUACCUGGGAGGGAAUUACCUGGGUCAAGGUGGGAACACCAACCCUACAUGUGUGUGGCUGCCGUUGGUCCUAGCCUGAAUACAAAGGGGAAAGCAAGCUGGGGACCAGCAUCCCUCUCUCUGGCUUCCUGACUAAGGACAUUGUUGUGUCACCAGCUGCCUCAUGCUCCUGCCACUGAAUCAUCCCAGAACACUACCCUGAAACUGUGAAGGCAGAACAAACCUUCCUUCCCUGUACUAUCAGGAAUUGGUUUCAGCACUGAGAAAAGUUACCAGAAUGGACUUGAAUUUGGCAACUUGGCAACAGAUUAGUCAACCUGAUCCUUGGAAAUCAGACUCACCAAACUCUCGAGUGUUUUAGUUCCUGUUACUAUACACUUUCUGGUAAGAAUUUUUUUAAUGGUGCUACUUUUAAUAUUUAAUAAAUGGAACCAUGGCUCAGUA